AACGAAACAUUUACAUUGCAUGAUAUAAAAUCAACGAUCAAUCCAAUUCAGAAUACAUUUAUUUCAUAAGUGCAGUUAAAAAAGAACUAUAAAGUUUUCGUCAUCGAUUGUCUCAUAUCAUGAUAGUCAUGAUAUGUCAUGAUAUCAUGAUGAGAUAUCAUGAUAGUCAUAAAAAUCUGGGCAGCGUAUCCUUUCGUGUCAGAUCAUUAUUCGAAGCUGUUUCUAUCCUCCAUAUUGCUGACCCGAGAUAGCCGCAAGGCGCGAGAGCGUCGUCGUCGCGUGGAUCAUCGGCUGGGAAUCCCGAAACGGAAGACAGAAGGGAGAAAAUUAUUGCGGGGUCGAGGAGUCCGAGAAGAGUCGAGGGCAUGGCUGAAGAGGACGCGACUCGAGGAGCAGCAACAGGUGGAGGAGGGAAGGCGACGAGGGGUUCGCGGCGCGUGAGCCACACCGGGUGGAGGGAAAGCCUUUGUCGAAAAGAGAUAAGCGAGGGCCCGCGAGGUAAGGUGCGAGCGGGAUGGCGCUACGAGUUGUCGACGGGCACAAGUCCGAGUCUCUGGUCCGAGUCCCCCUCGCUUCAGUCUCGCGUCAGAACUCGGCUCGAAAGUCGCGGAAGACGGUAUCGGCGAUCGAUCGGUCGGUUGCUCGCUUGGCUGGCUGACCGACUGGCUGGCUGCAGCUCGAGCAGUUCGCGAUCAGUCGUCAGUCUCGUUCGUUCAUUCAUUCAUCGUCUUCGUCGACUAAUAAGCAUCGCGAAAAACCUCUCCUCUCAGAGGGUGCAUCUGGUGUCGUCCGCGUGGUCAGUGCGUGAGCGAGAUAACGUUGGGAUUAGGGAUCGUGGGGAGUCGUGCCAACUGCGAAACCCCGAUGCUGCCGGUCGCCAGCUCUCACCGUCUCUCGACUGCGCCGACCUCCGACCGAAAUCACCAGUGAAUUCGGCGGACCUCGACGCGAGCACAGAGACCUUGAGGCGGAUAACACCGCGGGCUUACAAAAGCGACGGAGCUGCGGACGCCGAAGGUCUCACGAACGCGAACACGAUGCAAAGCAACGCGGACAGCAACGUGGACCUGACGAUGGUGACGUCGAGCACCGUCCUGGCGACGCCAGGGCUGAACAACCCCUCGUGGAAUCGUCAGCAGGCGGUCAGCGUCAGGCACGCCUUCAAGAUCUACGGCAGCACCAAAAAUCCGAACCACGUCAUACAGAAUCUCAGCAUGACGGUUGCCAAGGGCUCGAUAUACGGGUUGUUGGGCGCCAGCGGAUGCGGCAAGACCACGCUAUUGUCCUGCAUCGUCGGCCGAAGGAGAUUAAAUUCAGGCGAGAUCUGGGUGUUGGGUGGCAAACCCGGGACGAAGGGCUCCGGCGUGCCGGGCAAAAGGGUCGGCUACAUGCCGCAGGAGAUUGCUCUUUACGGCGAGUUCACCAUUCGCGAGACCAUGAUGUACUUCGGCUGGAUAUUCGGAAUGUGCACGGCCGAGAUUGUAGAGAGGCUGCGCUUCUUGCUACAAUUUCUCGACCUGCCUUCGCAGAAUCGCUUGGUGAAGAAUCUCAGUGGCGGUCAACAGAGACGAGUGUCUUUCGCAGUGGCCCUCAUGCACGACCCAGAACUCCUGAUUCUGGACGAGCCAACCGUGGGCGUAGAUCCAUUAUUAAGACAAAGCAUAUGGAACCACCUGGUUCAAAUCACCAAAGACGGCAACAAGACGGUCAUCAUAACCACACAUUACAUUGAGGAGGCCCGACAAGCGCACACGAUCGGCUUGAUGAGGAGCGGCCGAUUGUUGGCCGAGGAGGCACCUAGGACUCUCUUAUCAAUGUACAACUGCGCCUCCCUCGAAGAGGUCUUCCUGAAGCUGUCCAGAAAGCAAGGACAAUACGCGCAACCACCAACGGAGUUGAACAUCUCGAAUAAUAUCAGCCUGGCUUCCUUAAACUGGGGCAAGAAAGACGAGCCGGUGUACGUGACGGAGGAGUCCGGUGUUGUCGGUCUCAACUUCCAUCAAAGCAAAGAGGUCCUGAUCUAUGACUCCACCAACGGAAUAGCCAAUCAUUACGAUAUAAAUGGCAAACCGCUAACGGGUGCGAAAGCAGGAUCCGUCUUAGAGUGCGACGAUUGCGGCGACUUCACGGACUGUUAUAAGAUUACCAGCUGGGGCAAGAUUAAAGCACUUCUGCAGAAGAAUUUUCUACGUAUGUGGAGGAACAUCGGUGUAAUGCUGUUCAUCUUCGCCUUGCCGGUGAUGCAAGUGAUCCUCUUCUGUCUGGCGAUUGGACGAGAUCCCACGGGAUUGAAGCUGGCCAUAGUAAAUGACGAGAUGUUCUACGAGAACAUGACUUGUCCCACCUCAGAAAACUGCACCUUCAGCUAUCUUAGUUGUCGGUAUCUCAAGUUCCUGGAUAACGAAACGAUGAUAAAGACGUAUUACCCGGAUCCAGACUCGGCGAUGGAAGCUGUACGUAGAGGGGAAGUUUGGGGGACUUUAUACUUCACGGAGAACUUCACGGACGCGCUCGUAGCUAGAAUGGCCUUAGGAAGGGACUCCGACGACGAGACUCUCGAUCAAAGCGAGAUCAGAGUCUGGUUGGACAUGUCCAAUCAGCAAAUAGGCCUAAUGCUGGCGAGAAAUCUCCAGUAUUCAUACAGGGAUUUCGCUAAGGACCUGUUGUCGUCCUGCGACCAAAAUACGAAAUUAGCCGAUGUACCGAUUCAAUUUAAGGAGCCUAUUUACGGUACCAACGAGCCUAGCUUUACGGACUUCGUAGCACCGGGUGUGAUAUUGACUAUCGUCUUCUUCUUGGCGGUCGCGCUGACGUCAUCUGCUCUAAUUAUCGAGAGAAUGGAAGGCUUGCUGGACCGAAGCUGGGUGGCAGGUGUAUCGCCCGGUGAGAUCCUGUUCUCCCAUGUGGUCACGCAAUUCGUGGUGAUGUGUGGUCAAACCGCUCUCGUAUUGAUCUUCAUGAUCCUAGUGUUCGGAGUCGAAUGCAAGGGCGAUAUUGGAUGGGUCAUCAUACUAACAAUACUCCAGGGACUGUGCGGCAUGUGUUUCGGAUUCGUGAUUUCAGCGAUUUGCGAACUCGAAAGGAAUGCCAUCCAACUGGCCCUGGGCAGUUUUUACCCUACUCUUCUUCUCAGCGGUGUAAUCUGGCCGGUGGAGGGCAUGCCAAUAUUCCUGCGAUACAUAUCGCAAGGCUUGCCGCUGACGAUGGCGACCACCGCUCUGCGGUCCAUGCUGACCCGCGGCUGGAGUAUCACGGAGCCGAACGUCUACAACGGCUACAUCUCCACCAUCAUUUGGAUCGUCGUGUUUCUCACGAUAAGUUUACUGGUGCUGAGAUUCAAACGCGGAUAAGCCACGUCGUUCCACGACAGUCCGGACUCAUCUCAGUGUACAGUGCCUUGCGAACGUUACCGCGAAUGGAAAGAGUGCUGACGGGAGAAUGCUGAAUCAGGAUCAGAAGAGGAUGAAUCGGGUCGGGUCCGUGAAAACGCGUGACGAAGAGCCGAACAGGAUCGUCGAUGGAAUAGCUGGCGACGAAGCUCGUGCUGUCAGCUGAGACCAUGAUAAUCCUCUUGUAGAUGUCUUCUACAUCCAUCUGUAUUAUAGACACGUCCGUGAAGAAGCUCUACUGCUUAGGAGGAGAUCUUCCUGUCGCUCAAGAGAGGAAGUCGUCUAACAACCAGAGAAGGACUCUCCUCACUUGGGCACAGUCUUGAUUCUGGUCCUGGUCCUGGUCUUAGUGCAGAUGCUAAAAGAAUCUUCUCCAACUGCCGUGAUUUUUCACUUGACGGCCAGCUGGUCGUUCGAGACGUCCCCGGAUUCUCGUCGGUAGAUCGGCUUCGCUCUAAGAUGUCGAUAUAUCGUCGAUACGAUCUCGCAGCAUUCUCCACGAAUGGACCUCUGAUAUGUGAUGCUCUUGUGCGAUUAAUAUGCUUGUAAAGCUUGUAUGUGUGUAUAUGUGUAUGUAUGUACGUAUAUGUGUAUGUACGCGCGCAAUGAGAACUCGAGUAAGUGCGAUGAUGGUGUACGCGAGUCGCGUAGACUGUGGCGUUUGUCUCGCGCGCGAGUGCAUCUCUUUAUAGAGAUCUAUUCUAACUCGGCAUCCGCUAAAACAGCGCGAACGCGGUCGAGGAUUCGGGCCGUCAGGAUUUUCCGCGACAUGAGGCAAUCUUCUCGUGGGGAAGUAGAACAAAGAGCCGCGAGUUCUUUUCUCAGCAAUUCAAUUUUUUCAAGAUUGUGAGAAGAGAACUAAAUGCAGAAUUUGAACAUUCCACACGACGUCUCAAAUGAGCAAAAUUUUGCCCCGCGUUAAAUUUUACUCAUGCCUGAGUGUUCUUUUCUUUCUCUUCUGAGGAGUCACCAUACUGAGAAAAGAACUACUUGGAAAUUUACUUGUGAGAUAUAAAAUUUAUUUAUGCGAGAAUAGACUUUAUAUCCCACAAAUAAAUUUUCAAGUCCUUUUUUUUUUCUUAGUACAUCUUCCGAAAAUGCAUUAUCGUCACACGCUGAGAAGGAAAUAUUUGAAAAUUUAUUUGUGGGAUGUAAAAGUUAUUUCUGUGAAUAAAUUUCAAAUCUCACAAUUUUCAAAUACUCCUUCCUCAAUGCAACUUCAUUGAAGUGGAAACGCGCUGUGCACGCUACGCUACCGGAAGAUAGCGUUCUAUUCCUCUCUUUCUCUACUUCUGUUGUAAUUGUUUAUCCGCCUGCGAAUAGAAUUGCACGUUCGCAAUUGCGGAUCGCACCGCGGAUAGUGGAAUGAUAGUGUAAUCAUUGGACCGCGCGGCACUCUCUCAAAAUCAUGAGCUGAGGAUAUCAGGGGCCAGCUGUCUUGCAAUGAGAAGAAACUAUCUCAUCGCAUGUAUUUGCGUCCAUCUGUGUCCGCAGCGAAUCAAGCGUAAUCAUUGUCGUAAUCUCCUCACUGACGAUUGUGAUCGCCUGUGACGACGAACGCCUCUACGAAGCCAGUUGAAAAUUUGGCGUGGUGGGGGGCCUGGUAAAAAAAAAAGAACAGUCGUCCCGGUCUUUUUCUAUAGCGGGAUCAUAGCUAGUAAGUUUCCAAGAUGAUAGCGGGUUAUACCGUAGCGCAAUUUUACUUGCCCAUGACUUAAGCGUACAUUCUAUUUAACUAGUUAACGAUCGGAAGUAGGAGCGAAGGGCGACGAUCGGGUGGACACGACGCGUGUCCCCGGCCGCCCUUCGGUUAAAUAUUAUACAUAUAUGGAACAAAAAAAAGGAUGCGUUUUAUCUACCGUAUAUUUUAUACACAAGUACGAUGAUUUCUAACUGAGAGCGCAGUGCCGAACGACACGUCAGCGUCGCGUCUCGCUCGGUGAACUUAGGACGUUCGCACGAAAAAUGUGCAAUGAUGUGCAAUAAUGAAACAAAAAUAGGGAAUUCGAUACAUUGCAGGCGAAGGAAGGUCGUGAGAUGCGUGGCGUUUUGCAAGAUAUGAUCAGGAAAAGGAUUCUCGCAGCAACUUAUGCAUUAUACAACAGCAUGUACAAAAUUUCAUCAGUUACAUCUUAUAACACGCGGCUUGCGAACCGUUAUAUGUGUGUGAAUCUAUGUUCAUUUGUCGUAAAAAAAUUGUAAAAUUGCACGCUAUCGAGCGUUCACCAAUACACAAACAAUGACGUUUUCAGGAGACGAUGCGUCGAUCAGAAGGUAUCGGAGCAGGAAGCUUGACAACGUGUGUAAAAAUGUGUAUAUUUUAUUUUACUUAUAUAAAGAUGGGACUCAAAAAUUUUCGUA